CAUGCAGCGCCUACUGCCGAAGAAGAAGUUAGCCUCACUCGAUACAGUUUGAUCAGGCAGCUUUGUUGUUGACAUCACCGGGCGAGCGGUUGCUGUCGGCAGGGAUGAUUCUACUCCUUGCUCCCCACCUGCACCGACAUCAAAUCCUCCUCCUCAGGUCCCCCCUUCUCCUCGUCAUCCCCCUCCUGUUCCUCCCUCCUCUCCCCCGGCAGCCCUGACUCCUCCUCCCCGAAAAGGAAGGGUGAGUUUCGCGGGAGCCAUGGUGGACGUCAGUAAGUGGCCACUGUUCUCUCUGCUGAACGCAGAGGAACUGGCCACGGUCCGACAGGCUUGUGUCUUUGGAAACUCAGCUAAUGAAGCCAUCUACAUCACACAUGGAAAUGAGGUAUUUGUGUUUGGGGUGAACUGCAGUAGCUGCCUCGGUACAGGAGACAGCCUGAGCACCAUUGUGCCAAAGAAACUAGACUUCCUGCGAGGGAAGAAAGUAAUCAGCCUGAGCUAUGGCAGCGGACCUCACAUCCUUUUGGCUACUGAUGAUGGACAGCUGUUUGCUUGGGGACACAAUGGCUACAGUCAGCUGGGGAAUGGGAAUACCAACCAGGGCCUGUCCCCGGUGCUGGUCACCGCCAACCUGCAGAACAAGAAAGUGAAAGAGGUGGCGUGUGGCUCACAUCACUCCAUGGCUCUCACUCAUGAUGGAGAGGUCUUUGCAUGGGGUUAUAAUAACUGUGGUCAGAUUGGCUCAGGCUCCACGGCCAACCAGCCCUACCCCAGGAAAGUCACCGGCUCCCUGCAGGGCAAGAACGCAGUGGGCGUCACGUGUGGACAAACCUCCUCCAUGGCCCUGGUCGACAACGGAGAGGUGUACGGCUGGGGCUACAAUGGUAAUGGACAGCUGGGUAUUGGGAAUAAUGGAAACCAGCUGACGCCUUGCCGCCUCACUGCACUCCAAGGGCUGUGCAUUCAACAGAUCGUAUCAGGCUACAGCCACUGCCUGGCGCUGACGGAUGAGGGGCUACUGUACGCCUGGGGAGCAAACACCUAUGGGCAGUUGGGGACCGGCAACAAGAGCAACCACCUCAGCCCGGUGCAAAUCAUGGCUGACAAAGAGAGGAUUGUGGAGGUCGCUGCCUGCCAUUCGACGCACACUUCAGCAGCCAAGACACAAAGCGGGCAGGUGUACAUGUGGGGUCAGUGUCGGGGUCAGUCCAUCAUCAUGCCGCACCUCACCCCCUUCACCAACACAGACGACGUCUUCGCCUGCUUCGCUACACCCUCCGUCAUGUGGAGGCUCAUGUCGAUGGAGCACGAUGACUUCCUGACAGUUGCUGAGGCUCUGAGGAAAGAGUUUGACAGUCCAGAAACGGCCGACCUUAAAUUCAGCGUUGACGGCAAAUGUAUUCAUGUUCACAAAGCUGUGCUGAAAAUCAGGUGCGAGCAUUUCCGAUCCAUGUUCCGCUCCCAGUGGACGGAGGAUCAGCAGGAGGUGAUAGAGAUCGGCCAGUUCUCCUACCCUGUCUACAGAUCCUUCCUGCAGUUUCUCUACACUGACACUGUUGACCUUCCGCCUGAGGACGCCAUUGGCCUGCUGGAUCUAGCCACCUCUUAUUGUGAAAACCGUCUGAAACGUCUGUGUCAGCAGAUCAUCAAGAGAGGAAUCACUGUUGAAAACGCCUUCACACUGCUGUCUGCCGCCAUACGAUACGACGCAGAGGAUCUGGAAGAAUUUUGUUUCAGGUUUUGUGUCAACCAUUUGACUCAGGUGACUCAGACUGGAGCCUUCUGGCAGGUGGACGGAGCGAUGCUCAAGGAGUUUAUCAGCAGAGCUAGCCGCUGCGGAGCCUUCAAGAACUGAGUACUUUUAACAUUUUUACGAUGGAUAGACUCUGUUCUGUCCAAGUGGAUGUGGUUGUGCUCAGAGUGUAGCAGCAGCAGCAGCAGCAGGAGCAGCGUCUCUCCUCUAAAAAUAUCAGCCCUGAUCACAUUCCUAAAAGAAAGCAAUGGCCCAGUUUUGAAAUGUUGAUUUACAUAAUUACUGAGGCAGAUGUUGGCACAUAUGUGGAAUCAUUCACAAGAUGCUCGACUGGAAUUUAAGCUGCGUUAUCCAUGGACCUGAAAACAGCACUUUGGCCAAUUCCUGUGGAGUCUCUUUAACAAACUUGUGGCACCUUUUAAUGUCAAACUGGGUUUUAUUCUUUACAUGCAGAAUGUAUACUUGAAUUUUUGUUUCUUUUCUCAACCACUGCUGACAUGUCCUGAACACUCUUCCUUUAUUUCCUGGAAAAGUUCAUGUCGGAGACCAAAGACCUGGAAGGAAUAGGGAGCUAUUUAAAAGAACAGUCUGUGUCUUUGUUAGCUGACUGAAAAAGAUGUUUUAAACUCACUUCCACUGGCCAGGACACUAAAACCACUGUACUGAAACACAUCUACUUUCCAUUUCAUUUUCAGGUUGUUGUCUUUGUGUUCAAAUAACAUUUGGAUAUGUUGAACAUUUAAAUUUAACUCAAUUCUCAAAGCUAUUGCAUUGACAGAGAAAAGCUGAGUUCCAUUGUACACACAGCUGAUGCAGAUCACUGUGGGUUGUUGUGGGACACUGGGUUUGUUGUUUUAAUCGUUCUCUAGAUGGGAUUCUGUAUAUAUUGGAAGUUCAAAAUCAUUGUGGGAUGUAUAAUAUUUUCCCUUUUUUACAUUCAAGUCUUGGUAAGCUUAUUCUGCCUGACUUAAAUGUUUGUUCUAUUGCACUUUAAGAAACUUCAAUUACUUUCUUCCUCAUAUUCAGUCAAACAAUAAGUCUGAAUGGUUUAAAACCCUGUGGAACAGGUGACUAGAAAACUGAAAUGUUGCGCUAUGAACUUACAGAAGUAAAUAUUUGAGGCACUGCAACUUUACUAGCAGUUUUUUCCCGUCAUUUCAAGUGUAAAAGUUGUAAAAUGUGUAUGAGGCAGAUGGUAUGUUGCAGAAGCAUUAUAUUCCAGAUAGAAGUUUGUAUUUCUUCAUUACUCUGGGAUCUCCAGCGAACUGAUUAUUUGUGUUUGGGGCGAAUGCAAACUUGAUAAGACCAAAACAAUUCCUUAAUAAUUACUUUGUAAUUUAUUGCAUUUUCUUUAGGUCUUAUUUUGUGUAGAUACAAUGAGAAUGCACUGGACUGAACAAAACACUGCAAGUUAAAGCAAUACAAACACUUUAAAUGCUCUGUAGAAAUAAGUGUGAUUUGAUUGCUUGUGUUUAAAAUGACCAAAAACACUGCCUGCAGAUCCUAGUCUUUAUUUUCUGCUGCAUCACCGGGUGUUGGGAAGCAUCUAUGCUGCUGCAAGAAAAUACUUCAGUGUAGGAUGGAGAGAUAAGAGUGUUAUUGACCAGGGCAGCUGGCAGCAAGACUUGUGUGAGAUCAGUUUCAGUUUCCUCUGUUAGGUUUCCAUUUCUUGAUGCACUAAGAUAGAACAAUUUUAAUUUGGUUUGAACUUGAGUGGCACCUCUGUUUAUUAUUGAAGCUCAUAAAACAAUUACAGAUGCAUUGAGGUUAGGUAUCUGCUUUAGUGAAAUAAAGUUGACGGUUUUCUUUUUUUAUAUUAAAAAGUAUAUACAAACUGGUAAAAAAAAAAAAAAAAAAAACAAGAUUGUUUUGCUUACUGUAUUAAGAUUAAAUAUAUUUUGUUAUGCUUUCUUAAGCUUUUAUUUACAUAGGAUCCAUUUAUAAUACUCAUGGCAACAUGCUUCAGUUCACAGUUUUGGGAUUUGUAUUACUAUUCUUUUGCUGUUGUAUAUCUGGGACAUGUUAUUUUGCUUUGUUUUUAUAUUCAGUUAUGGGAAUGAUAUGUUUCUGUGAAGAAAUAAAUAACUCCCAUCUGAUUUGA